CUGCGGUCGACAGAAGUGGGAAGCGCGACCUCGACGACCGAGGCUUUCGAGUUCGAAUCGGAGCUGAACGUUAUCGAGAAUCCAAAUCGCGAACCGAACGAUUCCCGUCUCCCGUCUCGUCGCCGCUUCAGUGCGGGAUCGGAACCCGUCUGACGAUGACAAGAGACGGGAAGAAGCUCUCGAUCGGAGAGGGACAUCUUUCCGUGCAAGUACGGCUUCCUCCAGUCACGAGUAUCGCUCAGAAUGCAGACACAGAGAUAGAGGGACCAUGAGUGAGGACGAGAGGAUAUGACGUAACCUUUUCCAUAGAGAGAAGGACCACCCAUACGUAUACAUUCACAUAGAGUGUGGUUGGAGGAGGACGGUGGGACGAUGGAGUGGAGGACGUGGUUGUGGGUGCUGGUGGUGAUGUGCAGUUGUGAUGUGUGGUUGAGGGUGGCGGUUGGGUUCAACCUGGACAUUGAAAACUCCCGCAUCUAUAAGGGGAAAAGCAACACUAUGUUCGGAUUUAGUGUUGCUCAGCACGUCAGCCGGGGAGAGAGUUGGUUGUUGGUAGGAGCACCACGGGCGCAGACCAAGCAACCAGGUGUUAUACGAGGAGGUGCCGUCUACAAAUGCGAAGCAUCUCGACAAGGUUACACCUGCCAAGACGAGAUCCCGUUCGACCGAGCAGAUCAAAAGACUCUUUUUGAGUCCCCGGGAGGUCACCACGGUCAUUAUAUACGGAGAAGAAUAGCCAUCCGCAAUACGAUGCAAUUUGAACUUCAGGUGUUGUCCCUCGGUGGACUGCCGGGAAAAAGAGGAACCGAGUCACGAGUGAAAUGUGAUCUACCAGCGCUCAGCCUUCCGGGGAGGCGGGGUUGUACCAAGACAGAGACCAGAGCAGACGGGGAGAUUCCUCGAAUCAGGCGAGCAUCCUCAGAGCCACUCGUGCUGAGGGGACCCCCUCUGCGCGCGUAG